AGUCAGAUCGAGCAAAGAAAAAACAACGAUAAAAUAGGAAUAUUAAUAUUAUCGUAGCAGAAUGAGGCCACCAGUAAAUAACAUCAACAAAGGCCCAGGUGCUGGCGCUGAGAAUACUGGCGUCAGAAGUGCAAGUAUCAACAGCAACAAGAAGGGCGCAAAAAUCAACUUCAACACUGGGGGAUCCGAUGAAUUAAAAGUUCCAUGUGGCGGGAAUGUCAACAAAGGCCCUGGCGCGGGAGGUACCAACAAGGGUGACUUUAGUGCAAGUAUCAACGACAACGAGGGAGAUAUCAAUUUCUAAUUAGAGUAAUAUAUGUUGAGGCCUAGAGGUUAUGAAUAAUAAAUAAAAGAACUGCUUCGGCGCUCACUGUACUGAAGCAGAUUAUUAUAGAUACCUUAAGGCCAAAAACAGUACUAUCAUCUAUGUCCAUGUAAAAAAAAAAAAAUGUUGUAAUGUAUUUCAUGAGCAAUAAAUAAUAUAUGGUCCU